AUGUAUAGAGAGCAUAAGCAUGGGAGUUCCAAUAGCAGCUUGGCCGGUGCAUUCAGAUCAGCCAAGAAAUGCCGUGCUAAUAACAAAUGCACUGAAAAUGGGUCUGGAAGUACUGGAUUGGGCGGUAGAGAAGAAUUGGUGUCACCAGCUAUGGUAGAGAAGGCUGUUAGAAGAUUGAUGGAUUCAGCAGAAGGAGAAGAGAUUCGAAAGAGGGCGGCAGAAUUAGGAGAUGCAGUAAAGCAGUCAGUGAUGGAAGGUGGUGCUAUUCGCGAGGAGAUGGAUUCCUUCAUUGCUCAUAUUACUAGACAAAUUUUUCCAUCUCAAAUCUAG